ACCCUAGCCCCUCGAAACCCGUGCCCAGGAACAUUCUUCUUUUGGCAAAGGCUUAGCAAAGGCUUGCAAGCUAGCUAGCUUGACCAGCAUUUAUACGUAAACACCAAGGGGCAGCCCUUGCUUCGACCAUGCGUAUCAACAAAGAGCUGCAAGAGAUUAUGCGCGACCCGCCGGCGAACUGCUCCGCGGGCCCGGUGGGCGACGACAUCUUCAACUGGGAGGCGACGAUCAUGGGUCCCCCUGACAGCCCCUACAGCGGCGGGGUCUUCUUCCUGAAGAUUCACUUCCCCGCGGACUACCCGUUCAAGCCGCCGAAGGUUUCGUUCACGACAAAAACGUACCAUUGCAACAUCAACGCGAACGGCACGAUUUGCCUCGACAUCCUGAAGCCCACUGCGUGGUCGCCGGCGCUCACGAUAUCGAAGGUGUUGCUGUCGAUCAGCUCGCUGCUAUGUGACCCGAACCCCAGCGACCCGCUCGUGCCCGAGAUCGCGCAGCUCCUUCGCACGAACCCUGCCAAGCACGACGAGACCGCGCGGGCGUGGACGCGCAAGUACGCCAUGUGAGCCGCCGUUCCCACGAGGGCCCCGCGCCGGUCGCGCCGCGCGAAGAGCUAGAGCCACACCUGAACCACCACCCGAGCGGACGGACGUCCUCGCGAAUGCUCGAGUCAACGCUUGAGCCGACGCGCCGGACGUUGCCUGGGCUGAGGUACGGGUAAGAUUUCCCUCCCUGAAA